AACAAUCCAUCGAUUAUUUAUCACUCUCAUUAAUUUUUCAGCUAAAUUUCGUUAAAUAAAUAUUUAAAUAACGCUUUUUUGCGUUUUAACUAAUCUCGAGUGACAAUCAUUUACCUUCUACAUUCCAUCACAAGUUGACGUGUCUUCGUUUUCUCAUAAAAAUCGAUAAAAAUGCUCUCUGCGAACAAACAUCUUCCUCGUCAUAGCAUUUCCAUAGAGCUUACGGAUGAAAAUUGGGAACUUUUGGAUCGAAUUCCUCAACUGCUGAAGGAGGAAAAUUGCCUCGAAACGGACGAAAAUGAAAAAGUUGUCGAUUGGCGGGAGCCUGAAGUGCUAAAAAAAGAGUUUGAUUUCUCGAUUGGACAACCUUUGCCGCUCAGUGAAAAAGAGUUGGAGAAGAUUUGUCGACAAGUUAUGCGUUAUUCCGUGAAGACAAGUCAUCCGAAUUUCCAUAAUCAACUUUUUUCAGGACUUUGUCCUUCUGCAUUGGGAGCUGCUUGGAUUACGGAAGCCUUGAAUACGAGCUCGUAUACUUACGAAAUUUCGCCUGUUUUUACCUUGAUGGAAGAAGCAGUGAUGAAAUAUAUUUUAAAUCUCAUUGGAUUUCCGAACGGCGAUGGAUUAUUUUGCCCUGGAGGAAGCAUUUCCAACAUGUUUGGAUUAAUUUCUGCUCGUUUCAAAUUCGAUCCAGAUCUCAAAAAGAAGGGACUUUUCGGGCUUUCAGGACCUUUGGUUGUCUUCACAUCCGAAGAAUCGCAUUACAGCUUGUUAAAAAGUGCUCAUUGGAUGGGAAUUGGCACGGAAAAUCUCAUUACCAUCAAAACGAACGACAAGGGACAAAUGAUUCCCGAAGAAUUGACGAUGGAAAUUCAAAAAGCUUACACGGAAGGCAAAAAACCCUUCAUGGUUAAUGCUACAAGUGGCACAACUGUUCUCGGGGCAUUCGAUAAUUUGACGGAAAUUGGUCACAUUUGCAAAAGAUACAACAUUUGGAUGCAUGUUGAUGCCUGUCUUGGCGGAUCUGUACUUUUUUCGCAUAAACAUCGCCCUUUAUUGGAUGGAAUUGAACUUGCUGACUCUGUAGCUUUCAAUCCGCACAAAACUAUGGGCGUCCCGUUGCAAUGUUCGCUAUUUUUGGUGAAAGAAAAGGGAUUUUUGGAUGCUUGUAACUCCUCGCAUGCCGAUUAUCUCUUUCAACAAGACAAAUUUUACGAUGUUUCGUACGAUACGGGAGACAAAAGCAUCCAAUGUGGUCGAAAAGUCGACGUUUUCAAGUUUUGGCUGAUGAUGAAGUCGCAUGGAGAGGCAGAAAUUAGUCACUUAAUUGAUCACUCCUUCGCUUGUGCUCAUUAUUUGGCAGGAAAAUUGCGAGUAAACGACGGAUUUCGUCUCGUUAUCGAUCGUUUCGAGUACACAAACAUCUGUUUUUGGUACAUUCCCCGUAAAUUUCGCGAUGUAGAAGAAGAAAACGAAGAAUGGUGGGAUAACAUUUACGAAACUGUCCUAAAAAUCAAGGAGAAAAUGGUUGUUCAGGGCACUUUGAUGAUCGGAUAUGCCCCAUUACCGAACAAAAACAUCGGAAACUUCUUCCGUAUGGUUGUUACAGCACAUUCUCGUCCCACGCGCGAUAGCAUGGAUUUUAUUUUAAGGGAAAUUGAACGUUUGGGCGAAGAAGAUUCCGAAUAAAUUCAAAAAUUCGAUGAAACCGAUCACUGCCAUAUUAUAAAAUAUGAAUAAUCUCACAAAAAAGCACAGAAUUGCAUUUAUUAUAAAAAUUUAUCUUUAUUUUAAUAUUUUUUUUUUAAUAUUUUAUAUAAUUAUCUGCAUCUAGUCUUUCAUAAAUCAUUUUUUUAACGUACUAUAAUUAAAAUAAAUUCGUAAAAGUUAACAAUUUUACAUAAAAGUUAAACAUUAAUAACAAAUAACGCACUCAUAGAGCACAAAAUAUUACAAAUUAAUCGAAAUAAUGUUAAUAAUACUUAAAAUAUGCCACGUACA